AUGAGUAAAGACGCAAUUCAUGAAAUAGAUGGAAUUAUCAGGAGGACUAAUAAGAUCUAUUUAGGCUAUCUUUUUUUCAACUUAAGCAGUUUUUAUCUAUUAGGUUCGUUUUGAAAGACUGGCCUGCUUAAAAAGUCCUUAGUUUUGGUCCCUACUUCUCUAUUCUUCUCACUCCCUACCUUUAAAUUGGAUAAAAUUUCCACUUUUUGGUAAAUAAACCACCUUUAAAUUGGAACAAAAUUUAAUUUUAUUAUAAAAAAAUUUAUAUAUAAAAAUCAUAAUUUUUAUGUAAAAAGUUUUGAUAUAAGUUUAAAUGUUUAUUCUUAACUCAAAUUAAAAAUUGAGUUAUAUCUUGCUCUUGUUUAAAGAAUAGAGUAUAAAGAGCAUCUUAUUUAAGUAAAUUUAUUAGCCUUAAUUGCUAAAUUUAAAGAAAUUUAAAAUUUUUUUUAUUUAAAUUUUUCAAAACAAUUUUAUUUGUUUUGAUAAAAAUGAUAUUUUUUAGUUAAAUAAUUUUGAUAUAAAUUCAAUGCGAAUUCUUUACAAAAAGUGAAAAUUUACUUAUUUCUUGCUUUAUUUUAAAGAAUAGAGUAUAAAUAAUAUUGUAUUUAAACAAAAUUAGCACUUUGAUUGAUAAAUUUUCUAAUUUUAUUUUUUAAUUUCUUUUUUAUCAAUAAAAAUAAUAAUUUUUGUGAAAAUAGUUUUAAUACCAAUUAAUCUUGCUUUGUUUUAAAGCAUAAAGAGUAAAUAGAAUUUUAUUAAACAAAUUUAUUAAUCUAAUUCAAAAAAUUUUUUUUUAAAUUUUUAUAGAAAAAAAAUUUAUAUUAAUAUUGUUUUUUAAAAAAAUUUUCUUAAGCCCCUUUAAAUGGAACAAAAUUUUUUGUUCCAAUCUAAAGGGGGGGUCAGGCAUAUUCACAUGGAUCCACAUCGAAAAAACUUACAAAAAAGAAGAAAAAGUCUUCCUUUUAGUAGGACUAGACGAAAAAUACGAUAAGAUUAAAAAAGAUAAUAGUUAA